CUCAUCGCGCAACCGCUACGCUACAGUGCCUAUGCCUUCGCUGAAACGACGAAAAGCGCGUGCGAGCAGACCUAUAAGACAGCAUCCAAGAUAGCGAGACAAGAUCAAGCGCACACAACACAGCACACCUUAAUAAUAGCCAGACAUGGCCGACCAGCCUCCCCCACCACCUCCUCCGCACGGCCACAGCCCCCGGCCACCCGGCGGACUGCCCGACGGCAACUACGACAUCUUCAUCAUCCCUCCCCACUCCGCAGGUUCUGGCUUCCUCUACCUGCCCUCCAUGCAACCGAACCGGAAUAGCUUCCUACUCGGCGUCGCUUGCACACUGCUAGCGGUGGGAGUAUGGACGUUGGCAAUGCCGGUGCUGAAACAGUGGCUUGUGACCGUGUCGCAGAGCGGCGGAGUUGGGGUGCUUCUACUAGUCGUGGGCGUGGGAGUGGCAGGCUGGGCGUGGGGCAAGACGCAGGGAGAGAUUGGAGGAGGAGCGGACGGUGGUGGAGGUGGUUGGGGGAGAGGAGCGGGAGCGAGCAGUCAGCAGCGGCAACAUUCACACUCGGCACCUCCGCCCGAGCCGCAAACUGCACCACCACCACCACCUCCUCCACCACCGCCGCCCGCUCCCGAAACACCUCCUCCCCGACCUUCCCCACCUCCAGAGCAAGAACGUCCCAAGCCAAAGGCCAGCGCGGCAAGCGGAUGGGAAAAAGCGCGGGAAGAGACGAAGAAGCGCGAAGAAGAGCGCAAACGAGCCGAAGACCUGCGCAAAAAACGCGAGGAAGCACAACGCGUACGCGAAGAAGCCGAGCGAGCGGCCAAAGCGAAGGCGGAGAAGGAAAAGUGGGAGCAAGCGCGAGCCCGAGAGAAAGAGCAACGCGAGCGCGAAGCACGUGAGCGUAUUGCGCGAGAACGAUUAGCGCGGGAGAAAGAAGCGCGCGAACGAGAACGAGAGAAAGAGAAAGAGGCGCGGGAGAAGGACACACGCGAGCGCGAGGCAAGGGAGCAAGCUGAAAAGCAAGCAGCAGCCUCAGCGUCAGCAGCAGCCGCCUCCGCGCCACGAACACCCACCUCCAAACCCGCCGCCUCAUCACACCGCUACGAGAAACCCGCCGCGGCCUCCUACCCCGGCAGCGAAGCGGAAACACAACCACCCCCGACCUUCCGUCCCGCCUACUCCUCCUCCUCCCCUUCCACCACCCCGCAAACCAAACGCCCCGUCUACAAAGCCUCCUCCGCCUCCUCCGUCUCCGGCCUCAGCGAAUCGAGCUACGCGGCCAGCGCCAGCACGGCGCGGACCACGCCCCCGCCUUCCCAUGCGCGCGGGCCGUAUGCUACUAAAGAUCCGGAUAAGAUAUGCUUGAAAGCUGUGUACUUAUUCUCCGACUCCUUUCCCACGAAACCCAUCGCGCAAUUAGUCUCCGGCGUGGGAUCCGUAACUGACGGACUCAUCCUGCGGAUCAAGAGUGAAGGGUUAUUCAUCGACGACGAUGUCCGCGGCGUGCCGCAACGGGAAUGGGACGUCAAGGCCUGGACGCUCAAAUUAGUGGAGGAUGGUGGGUUGGGGGGCUUGCACGUAUUGAGGGCCACGGCGCGGGAUGCGGAGAGCAAGCGCUGGACGUAUGUGCUGGAGGAGACGGAGGCGUGGAAGGUGGCGGUUGGGUUGCAGAGGCUGCGGAAGGGGAGUAUGGUGCGCAGUUUGGGGGUGAAUGGGAUGAAGGAGGGGGAGGUGAGAGGGGUGUUGGGGGCGUUGGGGUGGGUGGGGGAUGGAGGGGGGUGAUGUUGAAGCGGAUGUAGGACGAGAACAGCGGGGUUGGGGGAACAAAAGUGUGGAUUGACAUGCGGGCGUUGCGUUGCGUUGCGUUACGUUGCGCCUGAACAUCUAGCGAAUCCUGCAUCAGCAAGCG